UGUUCAGCACAGUCAUUUGUAGGUGUGGCUUGACUCAUGCUGCCUGUUGAAGAAGCUGCAGCACAGUCUUUGCCUUUCACUUCUUACUCCACUUCAGUUGGCUAUACAACACUGUUUGGACUGAACAUCGACAGAAGUGAUUACAACCCAAGCAUGGCUGGCAAGUUUGAUUCUGGAAAGACAAAUGAUGAUGAGGUCAGGAUUGUGAUGGUGGGGAGGACUGGAAUUGGAAAGAGUGCUACUGGAAACACCAUUCUAGGUCGUGGGUGCUUUGAAUCCAAGUUCAGUGCCGUGUCUAUGACUGUAGAAACUUCCAAAGGAAAAGCCAAAGUGGAUGGACAUCGUGUUGCUGUCAUUGACACCCCAGGGCUGUUUGAUACCAGGGUUGAUGAAGAGGAAACUCAGAAAAAUAUAUGCCAGUGCAUCUCCUAUGCUUCUCCAGGACCCCAUAUCUUCUUGGUGGUUGUCAGACUGGGCAGAUUCACUGAAGAGGAAAAACACAUAGUGCAAAACAUUCAAAAUAUCUAUGGCACUGAUGCAGAUAAAUACAGCAUGGUUCUCUUUACCCAUGGAGACCUACUUGGAGGCAUCACUAUGGAAGAGUUCUUAGAAGGAAGCCCAGACCUGCAGGAACUCGUGGACAGAUGUAAUGGUCAGUACCACGUCUUCAAUAAUAAACUGAAGGAGCGCUCUCAGGUCACUGAGCUGAUCCAGAAGAUCAGAGAGAUAGUCCAGAAGAACGGAGGAAGCCACUACACCAACGAGAUGUUCCAAGAGGCUGAGAGGGCGAUUGAAGAGGAGAAACAACGCAUCCUGAGAGAGAAAGAAGAAGAAAAAAUGCAGAAAGAAAAAGAGAAAAUGGAGAGAGAAAUACGGGAAAGAUAUGAGAAAGAGAUGCAGAAAUACAACGAACAACUCCAGGCUGAGAGAGAGAGGGAGAGGAAGGAGAGAGAGGAGGAGAGGAAGAGAGAGAGAGAGGAGAGAGAACGGGAAAUGAACAAGUUAAAGGAGAAGUGUGAGAGAGAAAUACAGGAAAGAUAUGAGAAAGAGAUGCAGAAGUACAAUGAACAACUCCAGGCUGAGAGAGAGAGGGAGAGGAAGGAGAGAGAGGAGGAGAGGAAGAGGGAGAGGGAGGUGAUGAAUGAGGAGAGAAAGCGAGAGAUGAAAGAGAGAGAGGCAGAGAGGAAGCGAGAGAGAGAGGAGAGAGAAUGGGAGAUGAAGAAGUUAAAGGAGAAGUGUGAGAGAGAACUGAAGAAAGAAAGACGCAAGAUUCAGUCCAGAUAUGAAAAUGAAGCCAGAGAUGAAGCUGAGGAGUUUAAUCCAUUAUUUUUUCUGAUAGUACCUGCUGAAACCAUACUUAAUGUUGGCCAUGCGGUGGUUGGAGGAGUUAAAAAACUUGGGAAGAUGUUAAAAACCACUUUUACAUUUUGACUCAUGCAUUGAAUGACAGUCAGGAUCUUUUCAUACAGAAACUCAUGACUGCCGCUCUGUAUCAUCGCACCAUUGUUUUAAACUUUGUCUUAGAGUCGUCUUUCUGUAGUUUUGAGGUUUUUUUCUUUUUCUUUUCAUUUACAGCUCGCUGUUUUCACACAGCAGAUCCUGUGGACAUAUUGAAUUUCCUUCUUAUGUUAUCUUAGUGAUUUAUUAGUUGAAGUAGAGUCUUACUGUGGGCUUUUGGGACAUUCACAGUAUUCAGUCAUUAAUAAUAUUAUAGUCAGAGAUAUCUGUAUAUGUUUAACAUUUUUACAAACACAUUUAUGUUUUAUGUGAAAUGACUGAUGUAGGUGUGGAUGUGAGAGCAUAUUAUUAUUUUUGGUGAUGGACUUUCAGUAUGAGCAGGAUGUACCCUCUCACUCUAUAACAGUGGUUAAACACGUAGGCUCCAAUAGAUAAGCAGUUAAGAAACUGAUUGUAGGAGCUCUUUGUAACUUCUCUUGUUGCCAGUGAUGUUUAUUAUGUGUGUGAGAUUUACUUUUCUUCACUUUCUUGGUGAAUGAAUCCAUCUUUGUUCCAACUUUUACCUUCCCCUUGACUGAGUUGUUUGCGUUGCCUUUUGCCUUCACAUGUAUGACUCGCAGCCUGACAACAAACUUAGAUUUGUGGACUUUGUGCCAUGAUCUCUA